AUGGACAACUCUUCAAACUCGGACCAUGGGCGCGAGGAGAAGAGUCGGUUGAACGCGACCGUCACGAAUGCGACCAACGGGACCAACAGGACAAUAGAUUGGCCUGCGAGGAAACUCGAAAAUGGCACUUCCCGACUGUGGGAAUUGUUCUUCACCGUGGUGUCCAUCAUCCUGGGCUGUUUCCUCGUCAUAUACGUCGGCUUUUUGUUCUACAACAAUGGCAGAGACACAAAGGACUUGCCGUCGGAGGCAGACUUCGUCUAUGAGCUAUCCCGACUUGGUCCUACCAUCGUGCCGUUGAUGUGGGCGUUUGUGGUAGGAAGAUCCAUCCGAAGCUAUGCCCAUUGGCGGCUGCAACAAGGCGAAUCUAUCGGUUUCUUGGACAAACUCUUCGGAUCAACCACAAUGGCCGGCACCGUAACCACGAUAGUCGAAUCCAAGCGCAUCGGCAUUUCAAGCAUCCUGUUGUUCGUGCUUUGGUCUUUGUCCCCUUUGGGAGGUCAAGCAACACUCCGAGUUCUGUUAUUCAAGAAUGAACCGGCUACGUCGUUCGUCGAGAUACCCUACUUCAACGUCAAAACGCCCUUCCCAACACAGUUCGAAGUGUCCAAAUACGCCGGCGCACAGAAUCCGGUUAACUUCCUGUUUCAAAGUGCCCUCGCACAACCCAAGACGUAUGACACAGCUCGCAUGGACACCUGGGGCAACGUCAAGAUUCCUCUUCUGGAGCCGUUGCUCGCGGAACAAACCCCGGACGAGAACGGCUGGAUCAACUUGAACAAGUCUUCCACCGGUUACAAGUACUCAUCCCUUCUGGGAAUGCCAAUCGGAAACCUCUCGGAGACAACCAACACGACUUUCUCCAUGGAAACGUCGUACAUGACGAUGGACUGCAGGUACAUCUACCCACCCUUGAACAGCACCGCGACAGGCCUAGAUCGCUUGAAUGUGAUCACAGAGGCGAACGCAACCGAUUCAUGCUCAACUCAGGGAAUCGGCACCUGUGCCACCAAGAUCAGCUGGGGCGGCCUUGGCACGUUGCCGUACCCCAAUGGUGUUAACGAUCAAACUCUUGCACGUUGCGAUGACCCGGAAAUUCCCACUCAGAGACUCCUGUACUGGAGUUGGGACAGAGGAGACGAACCACUGGAAUCAACCUUUGCCAACUGCACCACCGAAACUUCGUACGUCGAAGUCAAGGUUGACUGCAACGGAUGGGACUGCAACGCAGCAAGCAUCCGGCGCUCGCAGCUACCAGACCUUCCAAACAAAAACCUGACCUUCUUCGAUCAGUGCGAGGGUGUAUCCGCCACACAGAUUGGUGCCCAGUACUUGUUCGGCCUCCUUGCGACGCUCACGGAUCCCAUGGGAACGGUUGGGGCCCCAUCUGGCAUCCAGGGAUACCUCUACGAUCCGUCCUGGGGCUUCAACGCGACGGCCGCCCUCUACAUGACAGAAGCGUUGAGCACGGUCGAUAUCAAGGACUUCACUCUCCGUUUGGGGCAGGUGCUCAACACCUACUGGCUGGCCACGGUGGGAGCGGAGCCGUUGAUGUUGGGUCAUCCGGAGAACUAUGACGGUCUUGGCAGCCCUGGCACCAUCACUUACAACUUCACGGGUACGAAUGCCACAGUCCUGAACAACGUCAUUGUCUUCCGAUAUGACCAGGGCUGGAUGGCUGUUCUUAUCAUUUCGACCGUCGUCUUGCUGCUCUCCGCGAUAGCAGGACUUAUCCUGGACCUGAACAUCUGGGUUCCGAAGUUGCUCAUGAACGUAACGACAUUGACGAGAGGCAACCCGAACUUUGGAGUUCCGCUGGGCGGAGGAACCACACCGGACGAGGUGAGAGGCAGGUUGCUUGCGGAUGUGAAGGUUAGAUUUGGUGAUGCUGAUGACCAUGGUUCGCGCGACCUGGUUAUUGGCGACUGCGUGGAGGACGGAGGACGAGUAUCAAGGGUGAGGGAUAGAAUGAGUUUCAAAUGA